AAUCAUUGCCUGUAGCUCGGCUUCUAAGUUCGUGUAUGUGGAGUAAACCCCUCCCUUGACGCAUGGCGGAUGAGAGCGCGCGCGUGGGGCAGCAAUAGCAGACAACUUCCAUCCCGACACACCAUCUCCUCUGCACACGGGCCAAACAUGGAGCUAAAGUAGACCAGCACGGGGCCAGUCCAACGCGUUCAUUUCUGGCGUUUUACCGGGUUGUUUGAACUUUUACGCACGCAACAAGAUCGACAAAAUGUGGAGAUAUACCAACUUGAUCGCUUGUCUUCUCGUUUUGUGUAAGGAUGCAAGCGCGCACAGCAAGGUGUUUGGUGAGACAGAGCCAGUGCGGAUGACUUCGGAGGGCUCAGACUGCAGGUGUAAGUGCAUCAUGCGGCCCCUGUCCCGGGAUGCGUGUGUGCGUCUGAAAAGCGGUGCUGUGCGCGUGGAGGACUUCUACACGGUGGAAACGGUCAGCUCCGGAUCGGACUGUAAAUGUUCCUGUACUGCACCCCCCUCCUCCCUCAACCCCUGUGAGAACGAGUGGAAAAUGGACCGGCUCAAGAAGCAGGCACCCGAGCUGCUCAAGUUGCAGACCAUGGUGGACCUGCUGGAGGGCACUCUGUACAGCAUGGAUCUGAUGAAGGUUCACUCGUACAUCAACAAAGUGGUGUCCCAGAUGAACACGCUGGAGGAGACAAUCAAGACUAAUCUGACAAGGGAGAAUGAGUUUGUUCGUGACAGCAUGCAGAGUCUGACAAACCAGUUCAAACGAUACGAGAAUUACUCCAACAUCAUGAUGAGCAUCAAAAAGGAGCUGUCCGGCCUCAGUCUACAGCUGCUGCAGAAGGACGAGAACAAGGCACAGGAGACUAAUGAUGAGAAAUCCAAGGACGCUGUGAAACUAACAAACAAAAAGAUUCCAGUAGCAAAGGCUCCUGCAAAACAGCCCAAAGAAAAGGUCCUCAAGCCCAAGAAGGAGGUGAUCAAACCAGUCAAACCACUUAAACCCGACCCUACAGCCAAAACCAAGGUCGGACAUCAGCCAGGAGUGGUCCGGGGCAUCACCUAUUACAAGGCCACCAAAACUGAUGGGGAUGAGCACAGAGAAGAGAACUCUGGUAAAUCAUACACACACCACCACGUGAAGGAGACCCAGUCUGAGGAUGGAGGAUCUGAGAUGGUUCUGGAGACUCUGGAGGCCACUGAAGAACCAGAAGCUCCUCCCACUACCGAAGCACCUACCACCACGGUCUCCACGACAACAGCCAGCACCACGACUUCAGCGGAUACGACCACCACCAUGACAACCACCACAACAACAGCUCCUACGACAACAACCAGCCAGUCAGUGUUAGCCCCCGAGAAACCAGCGCCCACCAUCGUCCUGCUGCUGGACAACUCCAACAACAACAGCCGGCCCAGUCUGCACAGAGCAGGUAAAAUCAUGAACUGCGAGGGCACUUUGGCCUCCAUAGAACAGCCUGAGAAGCACCACAGCUAUGGCCGAAAUGAGGGCGCGUGGAUGAAGGACCCGUUGGCCAAAGACUCCAAGAUCUACGUCACCAACUAUUAUUAUGGCAACAACCUGGUGGAGUUCAGAAAUCUGGACAACUUUAAACAAGGUCGCUGGAGUAACCUCUUCAAACUGCCGUACAACUGGAUCGGCACCGGCCAUGUUGUCUACAAUGGAGCGUUCUAUUACAACCGCGCCUUCACCAAAAACAUCAUCAAAUAUGACUUGAGAAUGCGUUACGUCGCUGCUUGGACCCUGCUUCACGAUGUAGUUUACGAGGACACCACGCCUUGGAAGUGGAGGGGUCAUUCAGACAUUGACUUUGCUGUUGACGAAAGCGGUUUGUGGGUCAUUUACCCCUCUGUGGACUACGACUACAGCCAGCAGGAGAUGAUUGUAAUCAGCAAACUGGACCCAGGGGACUUGUCUCUAAAGAAGGAAACAACAUGGAGGACUGGCCUUAAAAGAAACUCAUACGGCAACUGCUUUAUCAUUUGUGGCGUUUUGUAUGCUGUGGAUGUGUACAAUCAAAAGGAAGGAGAGUUGAACUAUGCCUAUGAUACUCACACUAACACAGACGCUAUCCCAAGACUCCCUUUCACAAAUGAAUACGCCUACACCACUCAAAUCGACUACAACCCUAAAGAGAAGGUGCUAUAUGCUUGGGACAAUGGACACCAGGUGACGUAUAAGGUGAACUUUCUCGAACAGCAAGGAGUAUAAUGGGUAACCUUUUAUGGUGCCAGAUUAGGUCCAGUGGCAGCCAUGUUGGACUGAACAUUUUGGACAAUGGAUGAACCUCCUCCAGCCUUCAGUUGCAUGCUAUUUGAACUUGUGACCUCAAAGCCAACAUGCAUAUCUCAAACAGAGUAUUUCAGAUCAUUAAUGGGUUAUUACAGGAAUAAGCUCAUAGGUUGAGGUAAGGGAUAAGAGGAAGAGUUAUCGCCAUCAAGAAAUUUCAAUGAGAGUGACUUUAUAUAAUUACAUUUCAAAAUUUUGUAAAAGUAUUUUUAUUUAUUUACUUUUUUGUUUGGGUAAACUUGAUGCAGCUCCUAAAAAGUAGUUGGAAAACUAAAAGUGACUUAGUUUGUUUAUUGCCUACAGGUGUAACUCUAAACCUCAUUGUAAACCUCAGAUGUUGAGAACCCACAGCUCCAGCAUUGAAGGAGGACUUCACUGCUGAUAAUAAAACAAUAAAACAAAUAUGUGUUAAAUCUAACAAAAGAAAAGCAAAAAAAAAAAAACUAAACAGCAUUUUUGCCUCAUCUCUUAUCCUAAAAACCUGACUCAGUUCUUCCUUCUGAAGUCUUACCUUAACCUGUUUAAGACAAAUCUGCCUUUGUAAUGAAAUGAACUGAAAAUUUGUCUAUCAAUCCAUCCUUUCACUAAGCACUUUGUUUUGCUUUUUGUACUGGCCUCAAAAUUGUUUUGCGUUAACAGUGUGUUACUUAAAAUAUGACUUCCCAAAAUAACAAACAUGCUUGUGCUGUAUUUUGUC